AUGGCCAAACCUAUUAUCUUUGUCAUUGGAGCAUCAGGCAAUAUUGGAAGUGCUACAAUACAAGCCCUCUCCACCAAAUAUGCUGACAAGCUAGAAAUCCGUGCAGGUGUCCGAAAUCCAGACAAGCUGACAAAAUUAAAUUGCCUGAGUCCACAAUUGUCCAGGCAGAAAUGGGGGCAAAAGGAGAAACUCAAGGAAACAUUGAAGGGAGUCGAUGCUCUCUUUAUUGUCACUGCAGGAGGAAUUUCCUUAAGCUUACUCUGUUCUCAUUUCGAAAUGGCCAACCUAUUAUCUUUGUCAUUGGAGCAUCAGGCAAUGUCGGAAGUGUACCAUACAAGCCCUCUCGCCAAAUAUGCUGACAAGCUGGAAAUCCGUGCAGGUGUCCGAAAUCCGGACAAAGCUGACAAAAUUAAAUUGCCUGGAGUCACAAUUGUCCAGCAGAAAUGGGGGCAAAAGGAGAAACUCAAGGAAACAUUGAAGGGAGUCGAUGCUCUCUUUAUUGUUACUCCAGGAGUUGAGAAUAGAGGACCUUGGCCAUUGCAAAGCAGAGAAGCAGCUAAAGAAACUGAUGUCAAGUUUAUUCUUGUUGUUAGUGUUCUUACCAACAGUCUCACAGAUACUAUUUUUGGUCGACAGUUUACUGAACUUGAAGGAAAGGUCUCUUCACUCGGAGUACCUUAUGCAUUCCUUCGUCUUCCACUUUUUGUUGACAACAAACUGGGGAUCCAAAGAUACCAUUCAGGGCCAGUCUACCUUUUAUGGUCCCUUAGUCCAGACAAACCUUUCACUCCAGUUGUAGUUGAAGAUGCUGGUAACGCAGCAGCCGUCAUUCUCUCUGACUACACUAAACACACCAAUAAAACCUACUCUGUUGUUAGUGAUCGAUACACUCAUAGCGAUCUUGCUAAAGCUUUCACUGAGGGCUCUAGGAAGAGAAUUAAGUAUGUCCAAGUACCUUAUGAUGCCUGCAAAAGGCGUUUUUUAGGAAAAGGCUAUCCAGAGUGGCAAGUCGAUGGUAUCUUAGAGAUAUUUAAACUAAUUGAUAAUGAUUCAUGCCCCCCUGUAAAUAACCAAGCAGAUUUAAGUGUCUACAAGACUCUUACAGGAGAGGAACCUACAUCAAUAAAGGCUUG